AUGGAUUUGGAGGGACACAAGUGCAGUGUAUGUGGCAGUAGUUUCUCUGUGAAGUCCAACCUGACUCGGCACAUGCAGCUUCAUGGUCCAAAGGGAUAUGUGUGUGAAGUGUGUGGGAAAAGCUUCUCACUGAAACAGCAGCUGAGCAGCCACCAAAAACAGCACCUGUACCCAUGCAUCCGUCUGUACAGGCAGGGAGAGGCCAAGCUGCAGUGUACGGAUGCAGCUAAGAGUGUGGCAGUGGCCCCCAGCAAAGCAGUAGACCCCAGCUGUCUGGAUUCUGAAAAGGCGGAGGCUGCUGCAAAGAAAGCUGGAGGGGAAAUGUGGAAAGGCCAGCUAGUUGUCACAUUCGGCAAAUAUGCAGGACAGUCUUUCAGGUGGCUGCUCGAAAAUGAUGUGGGCUGGGUCAUAUGGCUGCUGUCUGAAUAUUGCCAGAAGGGUGAGAAGAACGAUCUCCUAAAGUGGCAAAAGGAGCGAUUGCUGCAGUAUGCCAGAGAGUUCCCGCCUGUCACCUUUCAUCUUGACAAACGCUUGGAGGAGUCAAGGAAAGACAAAGGAAAGAAGGCUGAAUCUACCCUUUCUAAGUUCCAGCAGGAUCCUGACUAUGCCAGUGAUGCUGAAUUGUUGGCAGCUGCUGAGACUGUCCUUGAAGAGUCUGAGGUAGCGGUCUCCACACAGCUGACCACCUGGGGAGAGCUCACACCGGCUGUGAGUCAGGACUCUUCCCACAGCCUCAGCACAUCUCAGGGAAGACCUUCUUCCCCUGUUGACACCUCUGCCUCAGAAACUGGUAACAUCUUGCUGGAGGGCUGGCAGAAAUACUGGGAGCAUCCACCUCCAUCUACACAAGCCAAUGGUAUAGCCCCUCCUAACAUCAAGUGGCUGAAAUGUGAUGAGAUGUAUGGUCUGUUUGAGAGGCCUUCCAGGUACAAGAAUGCCAAAGGAGAGAUUGUGGAGAGAAGGCUUUUAAAGGAGAAGAUGCAGUUCCACCCACCCCCAAUUCCUACUUCUGUCAAGGGAGGACUGCCCAACAUGAUGGCAUUUUUCACAACCCCUGCCUUCUUCUGGCGCCCAGUUGGUGUGAUGCAAGCCAAGAUCCGCUGCCCUAGCUCCAACUGCCCUGCACCACCAGGUGAAUACCUUGAAAAGAAAGGAUUUGGUAGUUAUGCCAGGCAAGUGUGUGGGAUGAAGUACAAUUACACCCUGUUGACAGAGAAGCUGAAGUGUUCACAUUGUGAAAAGAUGAGGCGGGCAGUGAGUAAGACACAUAGUGACGCAGAUAGUGAAGAUGAGGACAGUCAUCAUGUUCAGCAGGUCAACAGUGUGUCCAUGAACAAAGUCCAGAGAGUGCUGCAGCAGGGACAUGAUGAGUGGUAUGUGGAGCGCUGUGACCUGUACACAAAGAGCAUCCUGUCCUUUGUCAAAGCUGCUGGUACUUACACCCCUCCUCUGCCCCGGACUCCCCUUCCUUGUGCCCGUGUGCUGAGGCGUGCACACAUGAUCAUGGAGAUGGAGAGGAUGCCUGUGUACAGAGCCUCAAUCCUCAGUGUGACUGGAGAAAUCCUCUGCAUUGAUGGUACAAGAAAGGUCCUUAAGAAGAUAUAUGGUGAUGGUCAGGGCACCAUGCAGUAUGUCACCAGUGUGCUGAACGAGUGGGGCCAGUUCUUGACCACAGUGGUGGUGGCAGCUGAGUCUGAGGGGUGUUACAGACGUAUGGCCAAAGGUCUGAUGGGCCGCUUUGAACGAGCUAGGGCUCCCGCACCAACUGUCAUAUAUGCAGAUAACAACUGUUGUCGUGACAGUGGUUCGUCCUUCCUGGAGAACCUGUUCGGGGACUGGGUGCAGAAGGGCACUGUGGUCAGACUGGACAUUCGACACUGGCUGCACCGCUGGGAUGCUGUUGUCAUCAAACAGAGCCAUGCCAAGUAUGGGGUGUUCAUGAGUGCCCUUGCAGGUGCAGUGCUGGCCUACUACAAGGACGAUAUGAUGCUCCUAAUCCAGGCAGUCAGGAAGGGCAACCAGGAGUUGUACGCCAGUCUUUCAGACGAGGACAUGAUAGCCUUCCUCAAACCUCACCAGAUCAGGUCCUAUGUCAGACGGAUCACCCGUGGGGUUGAGGAGACAGCUUCAGCAAUUGAGUCCAUCAUUACGGAGUUCAAGGGACCUGCAGGCCUUGACAUUGAUGGAAUCCACCUGUUCAAAUCAGCACAGGCAGUGGAUUCUCACUGGGCAACUGCAAGCAAGCAUCUUAGUUGUAUGCAGGACCCCCCUGGCAUACAGCUGUAUGUUUCAGUGAAGGUGGUGGUGCUGAAUGGUGUCCGCCUGAACAAGUACAGGUGUCGGCGAGGCAGUAACUCCUUGGAGGGCUUGCACUCACACCUGUACAAUGCCAUUCCCUCACAGAGAUGUGGAGUUAUGCCAUUCCAAGUGUAUCUGAUUGCAUUUGCUGUGCAGUGGAACAGCCGCAUGGAAUCACUCCGGGUUGCUGGUGGUCAUGGCAGGCAGACGUGGUGUAUGGACCCGCGGCAGAUUCAGCGCCUGAAUCAGCAGGCUGAUGUGCUCUUCGGUAAAGAGCAUGUCCUCGAGCCCAACUUUGCCUCUCCAAUGCCCUACCCUGCUGUAUACAAGGACCCAGACGAGGAGGAGCUCCUUGGAGUAGAGUAUGCCAUGUGCCAGUCAACCAGCUUCACUGCAAGGGAUUACUAUGCCCAGCAAGUUGAGGAAGAGCAGUCCCGUGAAGAAGAGGAGACGGCUGAGCAAAGCGAGGACAAGCUGUCAGAUGAGGGUGUAGACAUGGGUGCAGAGUCAGAGGAGGAUCCUAUGGACACUGUCAGUGACAAACAUGUCAUCCUCACUCAAUCAGAACAGGUGGAGGAGGAGGACAGUCCUGCUCUGCAGGAUGUGCUGAUGACCCAGAGCCAUCUGCAUCUUCCUGGGCUGGAGGAAGUGGAAGCCUUGGCCCUUCUCAUUUUAGAACUGGCAGACAACAGUGACCGUCACCUAGUGCCAGCUGACCUAAGGCUGAAGAUUGGCAAUGCAGUUGGUGCUCUGCAUGAGCAUGACAGGUCUGCAGCCAACUUUGUAAAAAGGUAUGAGUCAAGGUGGGGUUACACCCUGUUUGGCAGAUGCUUGGGAGCUGACACACCUGAGACCAGAGCAGCACAGAAGACAAAGUUUUCCUGGAUGAAGUACCCUCAGUCAGCCCAGGUGACUGAGGAUAGUCGUCUGUUGUACCUCAUUAUUAAGAUGCUGAAAAACCGGCCACCAGCCAGUCGUCUCACCUCCCCCACUAAAAUCACCAAUGCAAUCAAGGGCCAGUAUAAAAGGAUUGUAGACCGAGUCAGAGACGAUCCCAUCCUCAAAGGUCUCUCCAUUCCUCUGCCCAAUCUGAAUGCCAAGUCCAUCUCUACAUUCAUGGCACGGGAAGAGAAGAAGGCUAACUACAGGGCAACAGUAAUGCCAAAGGUGAAACCCCACCAAAGAGUGCUGUCAGAAGAACCAAUGCCAGCAGCUCCGACUCUGCCAGAAUCCCUUCCAGCUCCAGAUCGACCUCAGGUUCAGUACCAGAGCCUACGUCAUACAGCUGGGAAAAGGCAUGGUCAGAAGCGGAAGGUUGAUGUGGAAAUGCUUGGGAACCGGCCCAUUCAACCUAAACCCCCUGUGGCCAUGUACAUCCCACCCAGAGCGUCAGCAGCACCUGUCCUGGUAGUGGUUCCUGCACAGCCACAGGGACCAUCUAUGAUGCUCUGUGGGGCAUCCAGCAGUCAAGGGUUCAUACCUUUCACACCACCUCCUGCGCUGACAUCCAGACCAAUCAAGCCUCAUAAAUCCAUGAAGCCUUGUGGGGCCUGCCAAGUACCCCAGUGUGGUGGGCAGCGCAAGAGGUACACGCCCUCCAAAGACAAGGCUGCUGAAAGUAGCCAAAAAAUAUUUACCUAUUGCCCAGCAACUAGGAAGUCCACCACUUCAGGUUUUGAAGGUGUUGUGUUCAACAGUUUUGAACACUUCAAAAGUGUAGUAGAUGAGGAACUAAAAAAGAAAAAAAAUAACAACUAG